AUGAAAAAAGUAAAUUCUUUCAUCAUAAUCUUUUUAGUGCUUCUUUUAAUUAGAUAAACUCUGGCAAAGACAAAGAAAAAAGUUAUUGUAAUUGGCCAUACUGGAUCAGGAAAGUCUACCUUUUGCAAUUUUUUAUGUUCAAGCUUCAAGUUUAAAGCUGAAGCAAGUAGUGACUCAGUAACCUAAAUAUUUUAAACUGAAUAAUUAGAAUUAAAAGAUUAUACACUCUUUGUAACCGAUACACCUGGAUUUACAGAUCCCAAAAAAUAAAAUAAUUGGAAGAUAUUAAGUGAUAUUGUAGAUUUUGUAAAAAAAGAAUAAGUUGAUUUUGUAGUAAUUGUGAUUAAUUAUUCUAUCAGAGCCUCAAAUGAAGAGUAUAUUUUGAAGUGGUUGCGUUAUACUCUCCCUUUAAACAAAUAUAAUUCCUUAAUUUUAGUUAACCAUUAUAGGGAUAUCUAAAAUUUUUGCUCAUAUGGAGAUGAAGUUGAAAAUGAUUACGAAGAUGAGUUCGCAUAAAAUUGUCAAACUGAUCCCAAAUUAAGCAAAAGUGAAGAAAAUAAUCAGAAUUUUAUCAAUUUUAUCAAAAAUACCUUUACCAAUUCUACGAUAGAGAAAAUAAAUUAUAAUAUUGAUAUUAAUAUAACAACAAAGGAAUUUAAAAUUCUAAAAAAAAAAUUAAAAUAAGAAUAUUUCCCUCUAGCUUAAUUAGAUCAUACAAAAGUUUAAGAUCUUUAAGAUAAGAUAAUAACAGAACUUUAAAAGAACGAAAGUUUUUGUAUGAACAAGUUUAAAAAAUUAGAAGAAGAAAAGUAUUAAAGAGAAAUGGCUAAGCUUGAAUAGGAAGUAACAUAAUUAAAAGCAGAAUAAACAAAUCUUCAGAAUUUAAUAAAUUCUAUUGAUGAUGAUAUAAAUUACAUUCAUAAUAACCCAAGUCGCUGGAUUGAUAGUGGAGAUUUAUUUAAGACUAGAUAUCACUCAACUCAUUAAAUUCAUAAAAUGAAUAGGCUUAAUGAUGAUAAAAACGACUCAUAAAAUAAAAUGCUAUAUUAAUAAAUUAUUUAACAAUAAAUUAAAGAAAAUUUAGAAAAACAUAAAGAAGAGUUUGAAUAGCUUGUUUAAAAAAUACCUUAGCUUUAAGAGUUCAAAUAAUGCCUUCAUUCAGCUAAUGAAGAUAUACAAGAAAUGAUUGUAGUUAAAAAUUACUUUGAAGCACGUAAUUCGUUAAGUAAAUAAAAGCAAUAUUAAUAAUGA